AUGGGGGAAAUAUGCUAUUUCUCUACGUUCAGAUUACGGAUCUGCUUUGAGUUGGAAGACUCCUCCAGCUGGUCUCUUUCUGGUGAACUGGAGGCUCUGGAGAAUCUCCAGGUUUACCACAUCCCUAUAAACACCUCCUCGUCCCAUGGUACUCCUCCUCUGCUGGAGGAGGAAAUCCAGACCAUCCUCAAGGACUUUGUGGACCGACGCAGCUCUGUAUUGGCUUGCCAUCCCAGCAGUCGGACCUCUUCCACGGAGGGAGUAGCAGGCAGUGUGGAGUUCUCCCAGGGAUCAUCUGGUAUCAAUGACAUGGAUGCCUCUGACAUAGAGAGGGCAGAGGGAGGCAGUGCAGAUGUGGUGGCAAUAGCAAGGGUGAUGGCAGAUGGUGAGGAGGACACAGGAGGUGUAGGAAUCAGUGCUUGUAGCGAGCUAGUGAGCCCUGACAGCGGUUUGACCACUAUCCGCAGCAGCCGCUCCUCCAAAGAGAGUUCAGUGUUCCUUAGUGAUGACAGUCCAGUCGGUGAGGUUAUAGCAGGAGGUGGUCCAGCAGCUGGGUCAGGAGGACUGCUACUGAGAAACCCCUCUCCCCUGGGGUUGUUGUCGCUCUCCCCUCCUGUCCCACUUGAGAGGAGGAAGCAGCGCUGUGGCAAAAAUAAGACUGACAACUUUGACCUCUUUAGUUUUGACCCACUACACAGCAGUGACCCCUCUUUGUCAGCAGGAGUGGAACUGUCCAAUUCUGAAGUAAGAGGAGAUGGGGGAUUAAAAGGACUAGCAGGGGUCUCCAACUUAUCUGAACUUGAAGAACUGAGUUUCCUGGAUUUCUCUAGUGAUAGUAGACAUUCUUCAAUUGACCACCAUGGUCAAAUCCAUGGGAAUGAGAUGAUUGACACUGUGGUUCCUCCAACCCCAGUCAACAGCCUGGCUGGUAGCUGCCCACCCAACAGUUGCGCGAUCAGGUUCUUCCCAGAAGAUGUAGCUGAAAGGAUUAAUGGCCUACAGCGGAAGGACAGUAUGUCAUCGUCCUUGUCAGAGACCUGGGAUGAACUUUGCUUUGACACACAAGGAGCACUGUCCUCAAGUGAUAAUAAUGCCUCGACUAGGACCAAGGAAUACGAGAGCCCACCGAAUAUUGUAGAGGACGUUGGACUUAAAGAGUCGAUCGCUGAAAGAGAAAGCAAGGAGGAAAUCUUAAAGAAUCUCCACCAGAGGCCAAAGAGCCUUCAACCUCAGCUUAGUCUGGUCGGUGGGCAGACCGACUCAAAUGAGAACUGGAACACAGAUGCUGUACUGAAGGAACUGUGGAACCCUGUUACCUUGGCUGAUCUGCAAUUGACACCACCAGAGGAGGAGGGAACUAGAAAAUGGAAAGCUGGUUUUAUUGGAGCGAAAACAAAGACAACUUCUGUGUCAAGAAAGAGAGCAAUCCUAAAUACUUUAACACCAGACACAUCUAAAGAAGAAGAUGAAGGAGUCCAUGGUAAAAAGGACGACAGAAAGAUGGAGUUGUUAGACUUCUGGACUUACUCUGCUGAAAAGGGAUUUCUUAAAUCUGAUAGUGGAACCACCACGUCUUACCCCGAUUCACUUGAUAUGUGGAAUAUGACAAUCCGGGAUGACAGUCUAUCACCUCUCACAACCCCUGACAACCUGUCUGAAAACUCUGGUUCUUUCUGUGGGGUGAACCGUAGUGUUGUGGGUGGUUCAUCCACGGAAAGUCCACCAGGAGUCUGUGAUGGUGGAAUGGAGAUGUGGAACACCACCAUACAGGAAGACAGCUCUUCCACUGUAACAAGCCCCGAAGGACCUGACAAUGGAAAGGAACUCAUGGGAUCACCGGAUGCCAGUGAUUCUCCAGAGACUCGUGCAGGAAAAGAGUCAGAAGAAGAAAAAAACAUAGAGACUGGAAGCCACGAAGCAUCUCAAGAUGGCUACUCACUUGUUUUAAGAAGACAUCAAGAUGUGUCAUCCCAGCCAACCAAUGAAAAUGCUGCAUAUCAGUGGACAGGAAGUCACGAUGGGACUCAGGGUCAGACCCAGUAUGGCUACAACUACCAUCAUGUUGACCAAAGAACUGAAAUCCAGACUAUGCACUCAACCUGCGUAGAAACCAAAUCUAACAGCCAGUUAAACACCACAGCUGUCUACACUGAGUUUACAACUGAUCCAGCAGCUAUUCCAUGUGGGUCUGACCAGACUGAGAGCUACUAUAAAGCUGGGGUUAGCGCUGAGUACACCCCGGAUGAUUCCAAGUUUCAUUACUUGGCUAAAAACCAGUAUGGAGAUGACUUCUCUCAACUUCAGUGCCCUCAAUAUCAAAGUGAUGGCCAAUGUCAUUAUGAGAUGGACCAUGCUCAAUACCAGUUGGAAGAACAGCCAUUCUACCAAUCAGACGUCCAACCCGAGAGGGAAGAUCAUGCACGGUACGUGCCGGAGGGAUACGUUCACUCUCUACUGUCAAGACACUCCCCACAGAGGGACGGGGCAACAGGGAUGAUGAUGAAGAUGGCUUCCAGUGAGGAAGCUGCUGAGGAGCUGGAUAAAGGAGAAGACCCAGCCUCCUCGGCAGAUGUGUCAGGCAGCUCUAAUCAAAGGCGAAAGUUGGCCGCGCCGCCAUUGAACGUGUCGCUGGACCACAGUGAGGGGUCCCUUCUCUCAGAGGACGCUCUGGACACAGAGGACGAGGCCUUGGAUACUGGAGACGACCUGGACAUCAACAUUGAUGAGCUGGACACCCCUGACGAGGCAGAAUCACUGGAGAUGACCAGACAUGGGGACUCAGAAGAGUCUAAUCUGGCUGCAGGAGUAGCUUCAAGUUACGUCACCGCAGGGCACAGUUCAGCCGAGGGGAGCAGGGAAAGCCGACUGUGGAGGAGCGUGGUGAUUGGAGAGCAGGAGCAUCGCAUUGAUAUGAAAAGCAUCGAGCUGUACAAAAGAGUCAUUUCUCAUGGAGGUUAUUACGCGGAACAGAAUGCCAUCAUUGUGUUCGCAGCAUGUUUCCUUCCAGACAGCGACUGUGACAAUUACAGUUAUGUCAUGGAAAACCUUUUUCUGUAUGUGAUAAGUACAUUGGAACUAAUGGUGGCAGAGGAUUACAUCAUUGUUUAUCUGAACGGCGCCACACCUCGCAGGAGGAUGCCCGGUUUUAGCUGGAUGAAAAAGUGUUACCAAAUGAUAGACAGGAGACUAAAGAAAAACCUCAAGAUGUUCAUCAUUGUUCAUCCUUCCUGGUUCAUACGGAGUAUGCUGGGAAUAACCAGACCCUUCAUCAGCUCCAAGUUCAGCAGUAAGAUCAAGUAUGUGAAUAGUCUGCGGGAGCUUGGAGAAAUCAUCCCAACCGAGUACGUUCACAUUCCACCCAGCAUUAUCAAGUAUGACGAGGAGAGUGGUAAACAAUGGUUCGCACGCAAGAGAUUGGAUACAGAUUUGCAGGAAUCAGCAGCUAAAGCCGACAAGAAGGGGAACUCGGCCGUUUGACAGAAACAAGACACCUGACUCCUGGCUACUUUCUCCCUGCAUUGUGCUGUAUUCUACCACAGCAUGACUGACUAUGAGCGGCCCUGCAGCAUGACGUUCGCGGCACUAGCAACAGGCUGGAAAAGAAUAAGCAGUGGUACAAAACAUCAGGCGACUGCUUGUUCAGUGAGGGAGGUAUUAUCUCCUCUCACUGGGUGCUAAACAUAAUCCUGUAAGUACAGUGACUGUCACUGUUCUGUACUACUGUAUGUUACACAGCACUUGAUUGUGUUCCCAAUUUAUUAGUUUCUGGGGGGGUUUCUUCAUUUUUUAUUAAACUGUUUCAUUCUUCUUUAAUUCACUUUGGAGGAAUAACUAAGAGAAUUGGUAAUAACACAGUAAUACGACAAAACAGUAGUUGUAACACUGCCAAUCUGCUCACAAAUACACAUUUUACAUACAUACACAUAUUAUACUGUACUGUAGUUUGGUCAAUAAACUGUAACAUUGCAGGAAAUAGAAAAUCUAAUUUCAGACACUCAAGGUUUACAAAUGUAUGACCCACAGUUACAAACUGCAGGCUUGAAUUGGAAUUUUAAAUGUGUGGAUACGCUGGUCAAAUUUCAAUUCAAGCCUGCAGUUUGUAACGAUAUGAAACAGAAAGUGAAAGCUGCUUUUUGAAUAGUUUAUUAUAUAGGUAUCACAUCCUAAACUUGUCUUAUAAACGCUACGAAUUGGCUAUUCUGUUAGCAUUGUACAUCACUGUGAACAUUCUGGGGAUGUCAUAAAGGCAGUUCCCAUAGCUGCACUGAUUUGUUGCAUGCCUUCAGUUGCAUCCUCACUGAUUACUCUGAUUUGAUUACUCACUCAGAUGUAGAACUGUUGACUAAUGUUAUUUUAAUCAUAUUUGUCUGGUGUGUGUGUGUGUGUGUGUGUGUCUGUGUGUGUGUUUGUGUGUGUGAAAACAAUUUGGGGAGUGA